CCCCGGGAGCCCCGGCGCUGCUGCUGCCGCCGCUGCCGCCGCCAGGAUGAGCGAGUUCCGGAUCCACCACGACGUGAACGAGCUGCUGAGCCUGCUGCGGGUGCGGGGAGGCGGCGAGGGCGCCGAGGGCUACACCGAGCUGCUGCAGAAGAACCGCGGGCCCUACCUCACCACCUCCGCCUCCGCACUGGCCGCCAAGGUCAAGAUCGCGGAGUUUUCCCGGACCCCGGAAGACUUCUUAAACAAGUACGACGAGCUGAAGUCGAAGAACACGCGGCACCUGGACCCGCUGGUCUACCUGCUCUCCAAGCUCACCGAGGACAAGGAGACCCUCCAGUACUUGCAGCAGAACGCCAAGGAGCGGGCAGAAGUUGCCGCCCACUCAGCCGCUCCCAGCAGCGCCACCUUCUCCAUCCCCUCCACGACUCCCAAGAUGACUGUCCAGGAGCUGGAGGAGCUACGUAAGCAGCUGGGCACCGUGGCCACCAGCUCCAGCGCACAGCAGCCUCUUGAACUUGUACGAAAGACACUCAGAGAAAAGCAGAACAAGAAGAAUUCUGGCCAGCCCAUUCCGUUGUUUCCUGCCUGGGUAUAUGAGAGGCCGGCCCUCAUCGGGGACUUCCUCACUAGCUCCAGUUUAAGCACGGAUGCAACUGUGCCGAUAGGAACGUUACCAUUGGCAGCUCAGGAGUCUGCAGUCGUGGAGGACUUGCUGUACGUUUUGAUCGGGGUGGAUGGCCGCUACAUCACUGCGCAGCCGCUGGUGGGCAGAGAAACCCGUGCUUUUCUAGUGGAUCCUAACUUGGAUAUGUCAGUCAAAGAGCUGGUCACCAGGAUCCUCCCGGUUGCUGCCAGCUACUCCAUCGUGACCAGGUUCAUCGAGGAGAAGUCCUCCUUUGAGUACGGGCAGGUGAACCACGCCCUGGCGGCGGCCAUGAGGACCCUCGUCAAAGAGUACAUGAUCCUCAUCACCCAGCUGGAGCACCUGCAGCGCCAGGGGCUCUUGUCCCUGCAGAAGCUCUGGUUCUACAUCCAGCCCACCAUGAGGACCAUGGAGAUCCUGGCUUCUCUCGCCACGGCCGUGGACAAAGGCGAGUGUGUGGGAGGCUCCACGCUCAGCCUGCUCCACGACAAGACCUUCAACUACACCGGGGACGGCCAAGCCCAGGAGCUCUGCCUCUACUUGACCAAGGCCGCCAGCGUCCCGUACUUCGAGGUUCUGGAGAAGUGGAUUUAUAGAGGCAUCAUCAACGACCCGUACAGUGAAUUCAUGGUCGAAGAGCACGAGCUGCAGAAGGAGAAGAUCCAGGAGGAUUACAACGACAAGUACUGGGACCAGAGAUACACCCUCGUGCAGCCGCAGAUCCCCUCCUUCCUCCAGAAGGUGGCAGACAAGAUCCUUAGCACAGGGAAGUACUUGAACGUCGUCCGGGAGUGUGGCCACAACGUGACUUGCCCCUUGGCAAGAGAGGUGAUCUAUACGUUGAAGGAGCGUGAAUACGUGGAGCAAAUAGAGAAGGCCUACAGCUACGCCAGCAAAGUCCUGCUAGAUUUCCUCAUGGAAGAGAAGGAGCUCGUGGCCCGCUUGAGGUCCAUCAAGCAUUACUUCCUCAUGGACCAGGGCGACUUCUAUGUCCAUUUCAUGGACCUCACUGAAGAGGAGCUGAAAAGACCGGUGGACGACAUCAUUCCCACCCGACUGGAGGCUCUGCUGGAGUUAGCCUUGCGGAUGAGCACGGCCAACACGGACCCCUUCAAGGACGACUUGAAGGUUGAUCUGAUGCCCCACGACCUCAUUACGCAGCUCUUGCGCGUCCUGGCCAUUGAAACGAAGCAGGAGAAGGCCAUCAUCCACGCCGAGCCCACGGAGCUCUCCCUCAGCGGCCUGGAGGCCUUUUCCUUUGAUUACGUGGUGAAGUGGCCGCUGUCCCUCAUCAUCAACAGGAAAGCCUUAACGCGGUACCAGAUGCUCUUCAGGCACAUGUUCUACUGCAAGCACGUGGAGCGGCAGCUGUGCAAUGUCUGGAUCAGCAGCAAGACGGCCAAGCGGUGCUCACUACAUGCGUCAAAGUGGUUUGCUGGUGCUUUCACUCUCCGCCAGCGGAUGCUGAAUUUUGUGCAGAACAUUCAGUACUACAUGAUGUUUGAAGUCAUGGAGCCGACGUGGCACAUCCUGGAGAAGAACCUGAAGUCGGCCUCCAACAUCGACGACGUCCUGAGCCACCACACGAGCUUCCUGGACAACUGCUUGAAGGACUGCAUGCUCACCAACCCAGAGCUGCUGAAGAUCUUCUCCAAGAUGAUGUCUGUCUGCGUCAUGUUCACCAACUGCAUGCAGCGAUUCUCCCACAGCAUGAAGCUCGACGACGAACUGGGCCGCCUGACCGUGGAGCACGGGACCAUGAGGGGCCCCCCGACGGAGCAGGAGCGGGUGGAGGAAUCGACCCGGAAGCGGCUCGCAAACAAGCUUUUAGCAGAGCAUGCAGAUUCCUUGCAUGUAACCUCUGGCUUUGAGGCAACAAUAAACAAGUUUGACAGCAAUUUCUCAGCACAUCUGCUGGAUCUCCUGGACAAGCUGAGCAUUUACAGCACCAAUGACUGUGAGCACAGCAUGAUCAACAUCAUCUACAGAUUGGACUUCAACGGCUUCUACACAGAACGGCUGGAGCACAUGUCUGCCGAACGGAGCCAGAAGGCCGUGUCGCAUGCAGCCCCUCCCAGGGCGGCAGCUGUAGCCACUCAGUGACCCUCCCCUUCGGGGGGAGGAGGAGGAGGAGGAGGAGGAAGGGGGCGGGCAUAGAGCUGCCAUGGAGCUGGGACGCACAUGCAUUGUGGCUGCUCGUGUUUGUGAUGGAUUGUAUUUUGACCUUUUAAAAAGACAAAACUUUAGAUUGUGUAACUCUGUGUAUUAUAUUUAAAAAAUAAAAAAAAUCUAUAAGAGGUU